UUCUUCGUCGCUGCAUAUUUAUAUAGAUACCUAUGCGGUUAGUGUGUAGAAUAUACGAAAAUUUCGGAUAAAGUAUUACUGUGUAUUAAUCUUGUGACUUCUUCAAAAUAUCUCUGAUUUGUUCUAAGAUUGUGUGGUAUUGGUGAUAAAUAUAAUCUAACUUUUGGAUAUUUUUUUUUAUCCGAGCGACAAAUAACUUCUCUUGACGUUGGAUAAAAGCAUGGAUAGUGUAGAUGUCACCACAAGUGCAAACAAUGCUCCAUUACCCGAGAAUAGUGGAACAAGUAUAAUUGUCAUCGUUGUCGCCUCAUUGUUCUCAGCAUUAGCACUGGCAGGAAUAAUCGCUGCUGUUGUAGUGAUGGUUCGGAAGAGAUCCUCGCCCAGAAGCGCAGAAGAAAUAUUUCAGACUCGCAAUACCCGUUCUACUAGAGUGAUAAGAGAGCCACCUCCUUCAUACGACAGAAUAUACCAUGAUAUGCCGCUAGAUAAACCAAACCAUUCCGCCGGGCAUGAAAAUCAAAUUAAAGCGGACGACUCAAGCCAUAGUUCGACGUAGAGUCCGAUAUUAUCACUCACUACAUAUAGGAAUACAUUUGUCAAAAUUGGAAUGAUCAUGAAAUUACAGUCAGGAACAGCUCUUAGUAUA